AUGUUGGUGCAGUGUCUGGGUAAUGAUUGUGCCGUUAUCGAUUUCCUCCAAAGAAGGGGUUCUGCCAAUAAUGAGGAUGAUCCUCUUGUAUCGCGCCGCAUGACAACUGCACAUCACCAGAGUCAACAGCUGGCAGUGUUGCAGAAAAAGAAAGUUGUGACAGUCGGUGGGAAUUUUAUGGUCUCAUUGUCGUCUCUAAUGGCAAGCUUGUCAGUGGCAGAACCGUACUUUGUGCGCUGCAUCAAGUCAAACCCGAACCAGAAACCAAUGGUGUUUGAUGACAAAAAGGUAAUGGAACAGCUACACUACCUGGGCAUGGUGGACACCAUCAAAGUCAGGCGGAUGGGUUACAACCUCCGCUACCCUCACGAGGACUUCUUGUCUCAAAUGCGCCUCAUUAUUUCACCGGACAUUCUCAAACAGUCGACUGAGCCUGUAGAAAAAGUGAAGGAGGUGCUCAAAGUGUGGAAUGUAGAGAGAAGAGUUGCUCAGGUUGGCAAGACCAAGGUGUUUCUUCGCACGGAGCUGACUGACAGGCUCACCGCCCAGAUUAACGAGAGGCUGGUGAAGUAUGUUCUGGUCAUGCAACGUCUAGCUCGCGCUGCCAUGGCUCGACGGCAAUUCCUUGCCAUUCGCAAGGGCAUUGUUGCCAUACAGAGCUGGUGGCGGCGGGUGCUUCGGCAUCGCGCAGUCCGGGCUCAGCGAGCAGAGCAAGCCAAGCAAGCCAAGCAGUUGGCCAGUGUCAUCAAGAUCCAGUCAAUGCUCCGUGCAUGUCUGGCCAGGCAACAGUUCGCGAAGAUGCAACAAGCCCACAGAGAGAGUGAGCAACGAGAGAAGGUGAAAGAAACUGGACAAGCUGUGUUUGCUGCAGCUGCUUCGGCCGCCAAGCGGAAAGCCUCCGUUGUUGCAGAGAACAUUGCCAAAGCUGCUGAAGCCGCCGCUGCGGCAGCUUCGGAAGCCGAAGCUGCUGCAGCUGCAGCCAAGAAGGCAGCGGAGGCUGUCGUUGCAGCUGCAGACAGAGCGGAGAAGGAGCGCAAGGACGCGGAGAAGGAGCGCAAGGACGCGGAGAAGGAACACAAGGAAACGAAGCAGUUUGCGGGAGUGCGCAGUUCUGCCAGUGUUAUUUCCUUGGAGGACGCAGUGGAAGCAGUGGUUGCGCAGAAUAAGAAGACAGCAGCUAUUGAGCGUACCACCAGUAGCACACAAUCACUGGAUCAAUCACCGAAAAAGGCCUCUCCAGACAAGUCAUCAUCUGCAGGCGCGGCCAAGCCACAGCUCCAGAAGAAUCGUUUCUACAGUCAGCUGGUGUCAUCACCAAGCAAGAAACUAGUCAAGCGUGAGGGUCACGAGUUCCGUAUCACGGUCUUCAAUCUGCCCACGACAUGCGAGCUCUGCAAAGAGCCGAUCACGCCUCACCUUGUUGAAGGUGGUGUUUGUGAAGCUUGUCACUACGCUGUGCACCAGCAGUGUAUCAUUAACACGCAGAAGCAGUGCAAGGUCUCCAAGGACUCUUCAGGAAACAGGGUGUGGGAAGGUACGGUGUUUGGUGCCUCACUUACCCAGCUACUGGUGCUGAAGGACAACCCAGUGCCAUUGCUGCUGGAGAGGUGCUUCGAGCAGAUCGAGAGCAGGGGUGACAAGACGACGGACAUCUACAAGAAUAUCCCGCUAGACCAGACACGCCUCAAGGCACUCAAGAAGCUACUGGGCGAAGAUCCGGAGAAGACUGAUAUCCGCAAGACAGAUGUGCACCUGUUGUGCGGCAUCGUCAAGCUCUUCUUCCGUGAGCUGCCCGACCCAGUGGUGCCGUACCACAUGUACCGUGACUUCAUCAAUACCACCGCUGUCACGGACGUGCACCAGCAGUGCACCGAGGUGCGUGAUCUGAUCGAAGUCUUGCCGUGCAGCCAUCAGUUCGCACUCCGUCGCCUACUCUCUCACUUGGCCGUGGUUGUCACGUACAAGGAUGCCAGGAUAACGGCACACUCGCUGGCGGCAGUGUUCGCUCCACUCAUCCUGUCCACGCCGAAGACAGUCAAAGCAGCUGAGAGCCUGAAGCACGUCAAGUUGCGACUCCGAUUGGUUGAGAAUCUGAUCACCACCAUGUCAGCACGGCCGAGUUUCUUGUCCGAUGAAAGCAUGGACUAUGAUGACGAUGAAGGCAAUGACAGUGACGACGACUACUCAGGUUCGGGCUUUGUGUCACCAGCCGCAUCGAGCCUAGUAAUUUCCAGGGGCUCCGUUUCAUCGGUCAACACAUUGGCACCAGACGUGCAGCCAUCCUUGACUUCUACUAGUAUUCCUCGCAAGGCCGGCGCCCUGAAUAUGCUAGGAACGAAAACCGACAGCGAUUCAGCCAUAUCCACACUUGGUGAGGAUUCUGCCACAUCUAGCCCACCACCGCUGACGUCUUCACAGUCUGUCUCUAGUAUUAGAAAUGCGUUCCAGCAGUCACUUGCUGUGACCGGCCCAGGGCUGUCUAGCGCCAAGUCAGACUCUGGGAGGGACUCGGCAUCAACCGACUCAACGAGUGGCGUGAAGAGCCAGGCGUGCUCGACUAGCAACUCAACAACUUCCGCCGUUGGCACGGUGGAGAGCAGCAGCAGCCGCUCCCGGGUGGCAGGCCUCUCAAACAAAUUCGGACACGUUGACAAAUCACCCACUAAGCCACCUCCACCGGUAGCGAGAACCAAAUCCAGCAUUGGUAUAAGUAUGGGAGAAGAAAGCAACAAAGCAGCAGUAGCGAGAGCCAAACCCAGCAUUGGCAUAAGUUCGGGAGAAGAAAGCAACAAAGCAGCAGUGGCGAGCGCCAAAUCCAGCAUGGGCAUAAAUUCAGGAAAAGAAAGCAACAACGCAGCAGUAGCGAGAGCCAAAUCCAGCAUUGGAAUAAGUUCGGGAGAAGAAAGCAACAAAGCAGCGGUAGCGAGAGCCAGCUCCAGCAUUGGCAUAAGUUCGGGAGAAGAAAGCAACACAGCAGCAGUAGCGAGAGCCAAACCCAGCAUUGGCAUAAGUUGGGGAGAAGAAAGCAAGAAAGCAGCAGACCCGGAUGCGGUGACAGCAGAGAAUGCCAGUAGCAAGCCUUGCCCAGUAGCCGGCAAACUAUCAACAAUCUCAGAGAAGUUUCAGAAGUCAACAGAGAGUGCGGAGCCUGCAAGGAGUUCAGCCAAGCCGCUUGCGCCGGUGGGUGCCAGCAUCGUUUCAAGGCUGCGAGCAAGCAGUACCAGCCAGAUAAGUUCAAAGGUCAAACGUGCACCUAUCUUCAAAUCACCGCUUAGUACUUCACCCCCCAAUGGCAGUCCAGGAAAUGCAGGCAGCGCAAGUGGCAGCGACUGUGAAAACAGCAACCAGUCCUCCAAAUCAGGGGUGUCCAACCUGUCUGCCAUGUUCAACAAGUCAGAAGAUCCUGUUGCUAGGAGCCGCAAACGUGCGUCGUUGUGCGGUAGCGAGACGGAAUCCGAACUACGUGCAGCUUUGGAGAACGUGCUGGAAAAAGGAAAAACAUUUGAACCAGGGGCUGAGCGUGGGUUGAAAUCGGCCAAGAGUGAAUCACCAAAACCCAAGAUCAAACUGCCUGCAGCACUACAAGAUUGCGGCGCCACUCUACCAAUAAGCCUUUCACCAUUGCAGUCACCUCACCAGAGAAGCCCUGUCAGAAGCCCAGUCCAAUCUCCUGGGAGCUCUCCUGCCUCUCCGGCCACAUCGCCUAAACCAGCUCUUCCUCCCAAGCGCCGCGAGUCACUGGUGUUCAAUUUCGAUAUUACGAAGGAGCGCAGAAGCAGCCUGCAAUCAACUCAAUCGCCUGAUGCACCUCCUGCCAUCCCGCAGUGUCGCUCUUCUGCAGGCUUUUUAAGUGGUGAGAGCUCUCCAGUGUCACUGCCAACAACACCACUUGGCUCAGCACCAUCCUCACCUGCAAUUUCACCACGGAAUUCACCACCAUCCUCACCUGCAAUUUCACCACGGAAUUCACCAAGGCGGGCGGUGAGAAAGAAGAAACCGCCGCCAUUGCCCGGAUCUGAACUGCAGUCGCCCAGAUCUGAGCCACCCCCAUUGCCCGGAUCCCAACCUCGAUCAGAGCCAGGUUCACCUCCAAGCGACCUUCCGCCACCACCGCUGACGCCACCGUCACCGAUGUCGCCAAUGAGUUCCAAGUCCAGCCUGCCGUCAAUGUUACCACAGGUCAGUGCGGAGACAGCUACACCAGUGGAGGAGAAGAUUGACAUGCCGGAACUGGCAGUUGCCACGCCACUUCACUCCGCUACCAAGUCUCGACCUGCCAAUCGUGGCAGGCGGCCACCAACGCGAGGUCAUCGACAGAAGAUGGCGGUGACGGAAGAGGCCGACUGAGACUAAUGUGUCCCUGUGUUCUGUACUGCUGGUCAGAGCAUCGCCUUUCCCUCUCUCCUCUACUUCCUUCCUCAUCCCUUUCUUUUCCUGUUACUACUAACUCCAAAUAGAACAGUUCUGCCUGCAAAGUUUUGCUUCCUGGCAACUGGUAUUUACCCAUAGGAUAUCCAAGCUUAUUUUUAAAUUCUGUCCAUCCAGCGCUAUUUUCUGUCAGCAGUUUUCCUGAUCUGUCCAGUAGCUUCUGUCUUAGCAAACCUACGUCUGUCCAUUCAGGCCUUUGCGUCUCUACAUGUCUGUGCAUGUUCAUGCAUGUAAGUUUUCAAGAGAGUUAGGACCUUUGUGUCCGUUUUCCUUUCUGUUCAUAGGCAAUGAUUAGUUUCGCUACUUGAGAUCUCACACUCUGUGUGAAUGCCUGUCAAUAUUCUUUAUAAGUCUAUACAAGAGUACUUUUGGACUAUACAAGAGUACUUUUGGACUAUGUGUUAGCAGUUUUUUUUCCGUUUAAUAUCAAAUUAUUGUCUCCUCGCCGUUUCUUUAAAAGUUUUUUCUUUCUUUCUUUUCCUUUUUUACAAUACUUUCUCAUUUUCAGGAACUUCCUCUUCGACAUAUCUUUUUAUUCUCUGUUUUUUAAAUUGCUUAGAUCGCCUUAUUUUCAUUCUGUUAGUGCUGAUCUGCCCAGCUCUGGGCAGUUUUCAUCUCUUUGCCAGUGGGUAGUUAAGUACAUUCUCUGCGAGCCCCGUCGCUGCACACUGUCUGUGUGUUUGCGUGAAGAUUGUAUUUACUUUUUUCUUUUCUUUUCAAAGCACCGACAUGGUAAGGUGAUUAUGGGAACCCUCGUACAUGUAACUACACAACGGUCUAUUGCUCCCUGAUUGUGGCCUACCGACUGUACUCAUGUGUACU